GAAGACGUAAUGGUUUGAUUCCCUGUGCACUUGCAAUGGUCUUCAAUCUGACAUUACUCGGCAAAUUCCUCUAACGGGAGGUGCAAUGAAGGCAGGGGCAUCGUCCAUGUGGGCGUCAUGCUGUGGGCUGCUGAACGAGGUGAUGGGCACGGGCACGGUGCGGGCACAGCAGCCGGGGUUCGGAGCGGGGGCAGGGCCCUUCCGAUUCGCCCCCAGCGCUGGGUACUCCACCUACCCCCCCACCAGCUCAGGGAGCGCCGGACAGCUGUGCAAAGCCUGCGGACUGGCCUUCUCUGUCUUCAGACGCAAGCACAUCUGCUGUGAUUGCAAGAAGAGUUUCUGCGCCCUGUGCUCGGUGCUUCAGGAGAACCUGCGCUGCUGCACGACCUGCCACCUGCUGCGCGGCACGGCCUUCCAGAGGCCGCGGCUCAUGCAGCUCCGAGUGAAAGACCUGCGCCAGUACCUGCUGCUGCGCAACAUCCCCACCGACACAUGCAGGGAGAAGGAGGACCUGGUGGACCUGGUGCUCUGUCAUCAGGGGACGAGGGAAACCCCGAGACCUGUGGUGGAGGAAGAGGAAGAGGAAGAGGACGAGGAGGAGGAGGAAGAAGACGAAGAGGACACGCACGAGGAGGAGGAGGAGGAAGAGGAGGAGGAGGAGGAGGAGGAAGAUGAAGGGGGGGAGGACACAGACAGUCUGCACUCGCUCCCCCACUCGCGCGCCGCCUCACCCCCCUCCGCCACACGCUCCACCUCCGAACAGUCGGUCCUCUCCGCCUCUCAGGGAGACGUGCUCAGCCCAAGUGACAGCUCAGGGACCACCAGCCAGGAGCAGGAGGAUACUCCAACAGCGUCUCUCUUGAACCUGGAGCCCAAUGAAACUUUAAUGGAGGUCAGUCCGGCGACACAGAGGAGGAUCAGGGCCUCGCUGUCUGAUCUGGACAAUGAGGAGGCAAUAGAAAACCUCUCCGUCCGUCAGCUGAAAGAGAUUCUCGCCAGGAACUUUGUCAAUUACUCCGGCUGCUGUGAGAAGUGGGAGCUGUUGGAGAGAGUGCAUCGACUCUACAGAGAAAAUGAGCAGAACAGGAAAUCCAUGGAAAAUGUGAGCAUAACUGCAGUGGUUGCAUAUCCUCCACCCCUCUGCAACAGUGCCACAGAUGGUGUCAAAGCUCAGCUGGCGGCUGACGAAAACUUGUGUCGCAUCUGCAUGGACGCCAUCAUCGACUGCGUGCUGCUGGAAUGUGGUCACAUGGUAACCUGCACCAAAUGUGGAAAGAGGAUGAGCGAGUGCCCCAUCUGCAGGCAGUAUGUAGUGCGGGCCGUGCACGUCUUCAAGUCUUAAAACUCUGCGCGUCGGAGCGGCCCUCAGGCGUGCACGUGGCCCGAGCCCUGAAUUUAUCACUGAGGAUGAACUGCUGUGCAUGGAGUCUCGCAGGGCCUAAUGCUGCAGCAGGCGCGAGCAACUUCCCGGUCUUUGAAACCAGACUGUUGCCUCUGGCCUACCACGGUUUGUUUUCCCCUCCUCUACUAACUCAUGUUCCAGUCCCACUUCUCCUCCCUGGUGGACCGUCAUCAGCUGCACCGGGACACUCACUCUUUCUGUCUUUGGUCUGUUAAACACACAGCAGAGCCCCCUGCCAUCACUACUCUCGAUACUCUGUUUAGAUUUUACUCACAGGAGAGGAGAGGAUGUGGUCCCGUGGAUACUUGAAGUGGAUCGGCUUGUUCUGUGUGGUGAAGAGAAGCAGAAAAAUAUAAGAUCCCAGGGUUAGAGUCUAUGGUUUACACAGUCAUGCCACAUGACGCCGUGUUAUCUCCCUCAGUGUUCUUUUAGGAUGUGCAAUAUCAGAAAAAAAGAGACUUACAUGUGUUUUUAUUAAAUGUCUAUUUGUUAAUCUGAACACCACAUGCACCGGGUCAUCUCGUCUCACAUGCAGGAGGGUGCAAGGUGCCAAACGUCAUGCCUUUUGAUCGAUAUUUGGUUAAGAUUUGACGGUAUAUGCAUUUCAUAACCAGCAAACUUGGUGUGAUAGUUUACUCUUUUGUUUUUUUUCUCAAAUGAACUUUAGGAAAUAAAGUGUGUACAAGUUAACAAUGAACACUUGCUGUGUGAAGGAUGUGAUUGUUUCCUCAUCUAAAUUGAUUAUUGCUAUGGAAGCCAAUUUGCCCCAGUAAAAGAAAAAAUGAGAUGAAAUCUUAGCCUUCUGAUGAAAAAUAAAGAUACUGUAAGUCAUUAUAAUAAGGAACUAUUUAAAUACUUAUCUUUACAUAAUGGCAUUGUAUUUCAACAUAAUGGCUGACUACAGAACAGUGGGUGGAAUCACCCAUUGGUUUGUAGACGAUUUGAAGCCUUGGUUUGGCAUUAAGGUCUUCGCCAACCUGUUUUUUGUAACCAGUGCAUCUGCAGAAUUGAGUCAGAAGAAUGCUAUCUUAUAAGCUAGCACUAGCUAACAGGCAUGGUUAGCAAGGUGCAUCCAGAAAUAUGAAAAAAUCGACUCUUUUGAGUUCAUUUCAGUACAACUGAAUGUUAAAAAAGCAUCCAAAAUGUUACAAUUAACUUAAAAAAGUUUGAAGAAGACACACAGUGCGUCAUAGUAUCGAAAGGUAGACACACCCUAAAGCAUUCCCCGCUUCUUUGCCUAUUUUACUUUGCAUUGGAGCAUAGUUUAAAAAAUGUCAUUAGCCACAAUUUACAAAAACUCAUGUUGUUAGACUUCAAACUAAUGAUUGAGACCAUGAACUCAUUAGGGAAAUGUUUAUUAAGGUAAUAAAUCAAGUGACAAGUAGGGUCAUUUUCUCAUAGACUUUUAAAAUUUGACUUUUAAGAGAGAAGAGAGAAGAUGCUAACUCAUUAUUUUUGAGAUAUUGAGUCACUUUUUCUGGAACAUUUCUACGUAUAAUGACUUACAGAAUCUUUUUUUUCUCAUCAAAUUGGUGGAAAUGGACUUCUGUAGUUUCUACCGAAGACACGAACAAUAAAAAAAAAAACGCUGCUUGUUCACGCCAUGUGCCGCACUACAUUCCUGUUAGAGCUAGUCAGCGUUAAA